GCUUCAAGAGGAAAGACCAAUGACAAACACUGAGGGAUAAUUACUUCAAAGUCAAUUCUUUCAACACAGAUCACACUUAUUGGAAUUGUCAGAGGAAUUAUACUAUUGGUGCAGCAUUGGUGACUAAAAUUCUGCAUAUCAAAUGGGCGCUAACUUGAAACAAACAUGGUAUAUAGGAAGGACAAUAUGACCCAAUGAGAGUGUUUUGCAGUGCAUACACUUUUCCUGGCUGGUAAAAUGGCUUAUCUGCUGCCUUAGCACAAUGUGCGUGUGAGGUGAUAUUUGGGGCUCUGUAUUAUCAUGACGGGGGUCACGGUGUGCUGUGGGACAGUAAACUCCAUCAAGGCUCUGUGGGAAACCAGGAUAAAGAAAAGCAAAGAUGAACUGAAGAAGGAGAGCGAGCAGAGAGACAGGAGAGCAGUGGGUAGGUUAACAGGUGCCUGGGAGGAUCGUAUCACUUUGGCCAAGCUAAAGGAAAAGGUUGUGACUGAGGAAGGACGUGUCAUCCUGCGGAUUGAAAAUGAGGAGUGGAAGACUCUUCCUCCAGCCCUGGUCCAACUCUCCCAGAUUCAAGAAUGGCAGUUACACCGAAUAGGACUUCAAAGAAUCCCACGGUUCAUCUCAAGCUUUGAGAGUCUCAUAGUCUUGGACUUGUCUCGUAAUUCAGUCACAGAGAUUCCCAAAGAGAUUGGCAAACUAACUCGGUUAAGAGAGCUGUUGUUGAGCUAUAACAGAGUGAGCUAUGUACCAGAAGAACUUGGUUGUUGUGAGAAUCUGGAGAAAUUGGAACUUGCAAUGAAUCGAGAUCUGGAUGAGCUACCCACUGAGCUUAGCAAUCUAAAGAAGCUGUAUCACUUGGACCUCUCCAUGAAUCAAUUCACCACCAUUCCAGAUUGUGUGGUCAACCUUCCUUCUCUCGAGUGGCUAGACAUGGGCAGCAACAGGUUGGAGAGUUUGCCAGACAAUAUUCACAGAAUGGAGAAACUUCACACCCUGUGGCUCCCGAGAAAUGAACUAGAGUACCUGCCAGACAACAUCAGUCGCAUGAAAAGCCUGGACACACUAGUUCUGAGCAAAAAUAAACUACGAGACAUUCCUCCGCUUAUGGAGGGGAUGAGUAACCUCAGGUUUGUGAAUUUCCGAGACAAUCCUUUGACAUAUGAUGUGACGCUUCCUGAUUUAAAAGAGGAUGUAGAUGAGGAAGAAAAUGACAGGGAGAUGUUUGGUCGCGAGUUUAUGCACUACUACAUCCAAGAGGCCCGGAAAAGAGGAUCCCAAACUUUCAUGUCAGUGCUAAAUGUGACGCUGGAUGGCGUGUCUGAGACAGCAUCGUCUUUGUGACUUGCAUGCUGGCUUCUGUCUGCUCAUCUGCCUUUUGGCCUGAUCUUCCAGUCCAUCGUGUCAAGUUUUGUCCCCCAAAUGUCCUGUGAAGAGCACUUCUUUCUUUUAAAUGUUUUGUUGUUUGUCAUUUGUUGGAGUUGCUUCUUCCUGCUAGUAUGUCAUUACUAAUGUUUGAGGAUGAACUAAAAUAAAAAAAAUCCAUAAACAUUGAUCAAAUAAAAUGAA